AUGGUGCCUGUGCUGAAGAAAGCGACAGGAAAAGCACGCAUCUGUGUAGACUUCAAAAGACUGAAUGAAGCUGUCAAGAGGGAACACUACAUUUUACCUAUGACUGAUGAGAUCACUGCAAAGCUCAGUGGUGCCACACUCUUCACCUCCCUGGAUGCAGCUAGUGGAUUCUUCCAGAUCCCUCUCCACCCGGAUAGCUGUAAGCUGACCACUUUCAUCACGCCGUUCGGCAGAUUUCAAUUCAAGAGACUGCCGUUCGGAAUCACAAGCGCGCCUGAAAUUUUUCAAAGGAAGAUGAUUGAAACGCUCCAAGGUUUGGAAGGAGUGGAAGUCUUUAUGGACGACAUUGUUGUGCAUGGCACUACCGAAGCAGAGCACGACAGCCGGUUGGAAAAAGUGAUGCAGCGCAUUGAGGCUGCUGGCCUGAAACUCAACCGUGAGAAGUGCCUGUUCAAGCAGAAAGAGCUACGAUUCCUUGGACACCUCAUUGAUCAGUCGGGAGUUUGGCCAGACCCAGGUAAAGUGGAAGCCAUCCAACAGCUUCCACCACCCACAGAUGUACAUGACCUAAGGAGAGUCCUGGGGAUGGUAAAUUAUCUCGGGAAGUAUGUCCCCAACCUCGCAACUGUGGGAGAAUCACUGUAUGAACUCCUGAGACAGAAGAAUAUGUGGACGUGGGGUGAUGCACAACAGGCUGCAUUUGAUCACAUAAAGGGACUGCUCACAACUGCACCAAUACUCGCAUUCUAUGAUGUCACAAAACCCACUGCAGUGUCAGCUGAUACGAGCAGCUAUGGGUUAGGCGGUGUGCUACUGCAGCUACACGGUGAGCAAUGGAAACCAGUGGCAUAUUGUUCCAGACGGCUCACAGAGGCAGAAACUCGCUAUGCUCAAAUUGAGAAAGAGCAGCUUGCUGGAGUGUGGGCAUGUGAGAGAUUCAAUCGAUACCUUGUUGGCCUGAAGCAGUUCAAACUAGUGACUGACCAUAAACCGCUAGUUCCUCUCAUCAACAGCCACAGCCUGGACAAUGUCCCCAUCCGGUGUCAGCGUCUUCUCAUGAGGCUCAUGAGAUUCAAUGCAGUGGCCGAGUACGCUCCAGGGAAGACCCUGCUGGUGGCAGAUACGCUGUCCCGAAGCCCUCUGACCAGCUCUUGUAGUGUCAGUGAAACAGACAGCGAAGUCACCCAUUACGUUGACAGUGUGGUAAGCACAAUUCCAGCGUCCACAAGCAAAAUGGAUGAAAUCAGACAAGCAACAGCUCAAGACACAGAAAUGCAGUCAGUGAAGCAGCUGAUCAAGAAUGGAUGGCCAGAUCAUUCUCAGAGUGUGCCUGCUGACGCCAGGGCAUAUUUCCAGACCAGAGCAGAACUGUCCGAAUACAGUGGACUUAUCUCGAAAGGAAGCAGAAUUGUAGUUCCAAAGUCACUGAGAGCAGAAAUUUUGCAGAGAAUCCAUGUGGGUCACCAGGGACUUGUAAAGUGUAGGGAGCGAGCACAGUCUUCAGUGUGGUGGCCUGGAAUCACUGCAGAGAUAAACAAUCUGGUGAUGUCCUGUGAGUCAUGCCGUGAAAUGAGGAGAGCUCAGCGAAGAGAACCACUCAUUCCUACACCACUGCCUGAGCGUCCCUGGAAGAGAGUCGCCAUUGACCUUUGUGAGCAUAACCAACACACUUACCUGGUUCUUUCGGACUAUUAUUCCAGGUUCCUGGAAAUCCUGGAUCUUCCCUCCACGACCAGCAGUAAAGUCAUCCAGAAGAUCAAAGGGGUCUUUGCACGCUAUGGCAUCCCUGAUGAGGUUGUUAGCGAUAACGGGCCACAGUUCUCGAGUGCAGAGUUCAAGGAGUUCGCUAAACGGUUUGACUUCAAACACUGCACAUCCAGUCCCCAUCACCCACAGGGAAACGGCCAUGCGGAGCGAGCUGUGCAGACAGCCAAGAAAAUUAUGAAGCAAGAUGAUCCACUUAUGGCUCUAAUGUGCUACAGAUCCACACCUUGCUCCAGCACAGGCUACUGGCGGAACUCUUAA